GAGUAGUAUCCUCAUAAACCUCCCCUAAAUCCUCACCAAACCACAGCCGCUUCGUCCUCUUCUUCUCUGCCAUCCCUUUAUAUACCUCUUUUUCCUUCCACUCGUUUAUACACAAAAUAUACUACCAACAAACAAAAAUCCAAUUAAUCUCCCCUCCUCUCUCUUUGUACAACAAAAGAUAAGGUUUGGUACGUUAUUUUCACCUCUAUAUUCAUCCAUUUCAAAAAAAAAAAAAAAAAAAAAAAACUACUCUGUUUUCCUCUGUUUUUUCCAACAAUGUCGUCUUCUUCUUCUGCUUUCUUCAUUCUUUUCACUUUCUUCUCCCUCUUUGUUCUCCCUUCUUCUUCCUCUUUAGUUUUCCCUUUAACUCAUUCUUUCUCAUCAACCCAAUUCAACUCCACUCACCAUCUCCUCAAAACCACCACCACUCACUCCGCCACUCGCCUCCGUCACCACCGUCACCGCCACCGCCAAGUCUCCCUCCCUUUAACCCCCGGUAGCGAUUACACCCUCUCAUUUUCCCUCGGUGCACAAACCAUUUCGCUCUACAUGGACACUGGAAGCGACGUCGUUUGGCUACCUUGUCACCCUUUCGACUGUAUUCUCUGUGAAGGAAAAUUCAACCCUAAAGCUAUACCCAGCCCUGGCCCCAUCAAUCUCACGUCAGCUCUACCCGUCACGUGCAAGUCACCUGCUUGCUCCGCCGUACACUCUUCUUUACCCUCCUCCGAUCUCUGCUCUAUCGCGAAAUGUCCCCUUGAAGAUAUUGAGAUUUCCGACUGCAAAAAGUAUUCCUGUCCCCCGUUUUACUACGCUUAUGGUGAUGGAAGCUUCAUUGCGAAGCUAUAUAGCGAUGAAUUAUCCAUACCUAUGUCAUCACCUUCAUUGAUUUUGCGGAAUUUUACGUUUGGUUGUGCUCAUUCUGCUCUUGGUGAACCUAUCGGUGUCGCCGGUUUUGGCCAGGGAAGACUUUCUUUGCCAGCUCAACUAGCUAACAGUUCGCCCGAAAUUGGCAACUAUUUUUCUUACUGUUUGGUUUCACAUUCUUUUGAUGCUACAAGAGUUCAUCGACCGAGUCCGUUAAUACUCGGUCGAUAUACAGUUGAUGAGAAAAUGAAGCAGAUGAAGACUUAUAAUGAUGAUUAUGCUUAUACUCCAAUGCUCGAAAACCCGAAGCACCCGUAUUUCUACAGCGUUGGAUUGGAAGCAGUGUCUAUAGGGAAGACGAAGAUUCCGGCGCCGGCGAGCUUACGGCGAGUUGACGGCGGAGGUAACGGCGGAAUGGUGGUGGAUUCCGGUACGACUUUUACUAUGUUACCUUUGAAAUUCUAUGAAACAGUAGUGAAAGAGUUCGACCGGAGAGUGGGACCGGUUUACAAAAGAGCGAACCGGGUUGAGGAACGAACCGGGCUUAACCCGUGUUACUAUUUGGAUACCGGUUCGGUUAUGUCCGGUUCGAAUGUGCCGCAGUUGUUGUUACAUUUUGGGGGGAAUUCCAGUGUGGUGAUGCCUAGGAGGAAUUAUUUUUAUGAGUUUGUUGAUGAUGAGAAAGUGAAGAGGAGAGUGGGAUGUGUGAUGUUGAUGAACGGUGGUGAUGAAAAGGAAAGUGGGCCCGCUGGGAUAUUGGGUAAUUAUUUUCAACAAGGAUUUGAGGUAGUUUAUGAUUUGGAAAAGAAACAAGUUGGAUUUGCUAGAAGGAAAUGUGCGUCUUUAUGGGAUAACUUGAACCAACACUAGACGAUAUACUAAAGUUCUCAUUAUGAAUAGCAUUUGAAGAAAGAUUGAAUCAUAAGGAUUUGAUGUGUGCCUUUGGUGUAGCUGAUCAAAUAUGGCGUUGACUUUUGACCCUGAGAGUCAAAGUCAAGUAGGGUCGGAGUGUCGGACUUUGGUGAAACGGGACGGGUUGGGUCGGGUUAAGGAUAUUUUGAAAAUAAAGUUGUUAGAUAUUUUUUCUUCUUGUUUUGUAUGUUAUUGUAUAGCUGGAGUUUUAGGUACAUAUUAGACGAAAAUAAUGAAAAAUAGAAAGGAGAAAAAGAUGAGAGGACAAAGGAAUAAAAUGUGGAUGUAAAUUUUUAGCAUUUGAUUUGUUAAUUAUUUUGUAGAUUAUGUAAAAACUGGCUCUCACUUGUAGUUUUCUGAUGAUAUUUACAGACUUGUGUAGUUGUCCAAUAAAAACUUUUUACAUGUGUUACUUGAUUCAA